AUGCCUCCCAGCUCUCCUGUCAACCUCUCCCUGACCACGGACGCCAAUCACAGUGGUCUGGUCCCUUCAGAAAGGGACGUGGUGCCCGCCCCGGACGGCAGCACGGCCGAGCUGGUGAUCCGCUGUGUGAUCCCGUCCCUCUACCUGCUCAUCAUCUCGGUGGGCUUGCUGGGCAACAUCGUGCUGGUGAAGAUCUUCAUCACCAACAGUGCCCUGCGGAGCGUCCCCAACAUCUUCAUCUCCAACCUGGCCGCCGGCGACGUGCUGCUGCUGCUCACCUGCGUGCCCGUGGACGCCUCGCGCUACUUCUUUGACGAGUGGAUGUUCGGGAAGGUGGGCUGCAAACUGAUCCCAGUCAUACAGCUCACCUCUGUGGGGGUUUCUGUGUUCACGCUCACGGCGCUCAGCGCUGACAGGUACAGAGCCAUCGUGAACCCCAUGGACAUCCAAACCUCAGGGGCUGUGAUGUGGACCUGUGUGAAAGCUGCGGCUAUCUGGGUCAUCUCGGUGCUGUUGGCAGUGCCAGAAGCCGUGUUCUCUGAAGUGACACCCAUUGACAACCUCGAAAACGGCAGCUUCACGGCAUGUGUACCCUACCCGCACUCGGACGAGCUACACCCCAAGAUUCAUUCAGUGCUCAUCUUCUUGGUUUACUUCCUUAUUCCGCUAGUAAUUAUUAGUAUUUAUUACUAUCACAUUGCAAAGACUUUAAUGAAGAGUGUGCAUAAUCUUCCUGGAGAAUACAACGAACACACUAAAAAGCAGAUGGAGACACGGAAACGUCUGGCUAAAAUUGUGCUAGUUUUUGUGGGCUGCUUUGUCUUCUGUUGGUUCCCAAAUCACAUUCUGUACAUGUACCGGUCUUUCAACUAUAAGGAGAUUGACCCAUCUCUUGGCCACAUGAUUGUCACCUUGGUUGCUCGAGUUCUGAGCUUUUGCAAUUCUUGUGUCAAUCCAUUUGCUCUUUAUCUACUGAGUGAAAGCUUCAGGAGGCAUUUCAACAGCCAGCUUUGCUGUGGGAGGAAGUCCUAUCAAGAGAGAUCAACCAGCUACUUACUCAGUUCUUCAGCAGUUCGGAUGACGUCUCUGAAAAGUAAUGCUAAGAACAUGAUGACCAAUUCUGUUUUAAUAAAUGGGCACAGUAUGAAGCAGGAAAUAGCACUGUGA